AUGGCUGAAGGAGACGCACAUGAACUUGAUAUUAAUGAAGUCUACAAUCUUUUUCAUGGGGAGGUGGAGGAACAACCUGGGGACGUCAUGGAGGAACAGACUGCAGAGGCUGGAGAUGUAGAGCAGGCCGGGAACGUAGAGCAAGAUGUAGAGGAGUACAUUGGAGGAAUGGAGUAUGCUGGAGACGUUGAGCAGGCUGGAGAUGUAUGGGAGCAGGUUGGUCAAGAAACCUUCACAGUAACACCAUCUGCGAUAGCGCUAUGGGACUACGCACAAGAAAUCGUACAAGACAAUAUAGAAAAUGCGCAAACUCAUCCGCACGCGCCAUGUCCUGCCCACCCUCCCAUCCAAAUGUCCUGUCGCGAUAAAUGCCUCCUGGCAUUGAUGGUGGAGGAUAGGCGCGAAGCGGUGCUUAGGUUAUGGCAGGAGUUGAACGAGAUGGAACGUCUGUUGGGUUUGGAGCAUAUCUAG